UUUUCCUUUUCUUUUUUUUUUCUUCUUCUUUCCCGGUUUCCCCCCCCCCCCCCCGCCUGAAACUCGAGAGGUGUGAGGACGACCCGUCGGUGUCGGCAUGGCGUCUCUGGUGAUCCGCGCGUGGCUCCUCUUGUUGCCUGUUGCUCUGCUGCUGAUGCUCAGCCCGGGCCUCGUCGCCGCCUCGUCGCCCAGAAGGUGUCACUCCAUCUACAAAGGCUUCGCUCAGUGUCUGAUGGCCCUGGGAGACAGUCUCGCCGACAACGCCCGCAAGGACGAGGACACACACGAGAUACACUCCAUCUGCAGGUCGUGGGAUGCGUUCCAUGACUGCGCCAACGUGGCAAUGGCCGGCUGCCCGGACGAAGCGGCGGCCGUCUGGGAAUCCCUCCGACAGGAAUCCAAGAAGAUGCAGUUCUCCGGGAACCUGUACGACAUGUGCUCCAACCGCGACGAUCACGCGGGGGCCUCGGUCUCCCCCCGCGGCUCGUCCAACCAGGAAGCCAUCAACCAGGAGUCUCUAAGAGGGCGUGCAGACCACCUGGCAGGCUGCCCUCACCUUCACAUGCUACUGUCUCCUCUGCUGAUUCUGUUGUUUGGGAUAUAGCUCCCUAAUAGGACUUGUGUGAAUAGAUAUAAACUUUGUGUAUUUUCUCCCCCCCUUCCACAAGUCCGUAGACUUUCCACUUCUUUCCCCCUUCUCUGCCAGUGGUAGAACAUUUCUAGUUGCAUGUUCAGAGGCCCGACAGUCUUUUUGAUGCUGUGUCUUGUUUCAUGCAUAUUCUCUGCCUUUGAAUUUAUUCCUCUGUUGGAAGCAAAAACAAUUCAUACAGAAGCACAACCACUGUACAAAAUGACAGCACAUACAUAGUUAAACAGACAGUGGCCUCAUGUCAUCCGUCUCUAUCCCCUAUUUCCCUACAUCUAGUGUAUCUAGUUCUUUAGUGUGAGAGAGACAAAACAACGGCGUCCUUGACGAAGUGACGAAGGGGCCAAACGACAAGCUAAACCCAUUCACUCAUUAUCUUUACUGUAUGAAGUCUUUUGUGUAGAUCUAACAUUGCUGACCUGCUUGCUUGAUGGAGAUGGGGCGAAGAGAUGGUGAACUACAGCACGUCAUGUU